GACAGGCUCCACAACAAGCGCCCGUCCGCCGAGCGCCCGUCGGGGAGGGAAGAAGAUCAUGUUCAUUCCGCGACAUACUCGCGAUCGUAUUCAUCAUCCUAUGGAAGGUCACACCAGCACUUCCGCUCGGAGGGCCACUCGAAGUUGAUGGACGUGCAGCCCGAG